UGGACGUAAUCGUAAGGGCAUCCGGGGAACGAACACCAUACUACAAUGGCGACGAUGAAUCAGGGGUUUGGGGUCUGUGAUACAACAACAUCGUAUGUACAGCAGCCAGGUGAUCGACUAAAGUUACUAUACCCUAACGUAAAUGAGGAUGAAACCCCACUACCGCGGUCGUGGAGUCCAAAAGACAAAUAUUCGUACAUAGGCUUGUCACAAAACAAUCUUCGAGUGCACUAUAAAGGUGUUGGUAAGAACCACAAGGAUGCGGCAAGUGUCAGAGCAACACAUCCAAUCCCUGCUGCUUGCGGGCUCUACUACUUUGAAGUCAAGAUUGUCAGCAAAGGCCGGGAUGGCUACAUGGGUGUGGGGCUCUCGGCACAAGGUGUCAACAUGAACAGACUUCCAGGUUGGGACAAACAUUCAUACGGUUACCACGGUGACGAUGGACACAGCUUUUGCUCCAGUGGAACUGGUCAGCCAUACGGGCCCACUUUCACAACAGGCGAUGUCAUUGGCUGUGGCGUUAACCUCAUAGAUAAUGUCUGCUUUUACACUAAAAAUGGCCACAACCUUGGCAUUGCCUUCACAGAUCUUCCGCCAAAUUUAUACCCAACCGUUGGCUUGCAAACGCCUGGUGAAGUGGUUGACGCAAACUUCGGACAGUCCCCAUUUGUGUUUGACAUUGAAGACAUGAUGAAGGAACUGAGGAUGCGAACAAGAACAACUAUUGAGCGGUUCCCAGUGAAUGACAGGCAAGGGGAGUGGCAGACGACACUUCACCGGAUAGUACAAACAUACUUGGUCCAUCACGGGUACUGUGCCACAGCUGAGGCAUUUGCCAGGAGUACUGGUCAGUCCUUCGAGGAGGACCUCUCGUCAAUAAAGAACAGGCAGAGAAUUCAGAAAUUGGUGUUAUGUGGGCGUAUGGGAGAAGCAAUUGAAACAACACAGCAGUUGUACCCUGGUCUACUUGAGGGAAACCCCAAUCUGCUUUUCUUGCUACGUUCUCGUCAAUUUGUGGAAAUGGUGAAUGGCACUGACAGCGAGGUGCGUGCCCCACGCCGAUCGCCUGGUACAAGUCCACGCCUCCUAGGUGGCGCUUCGCCACAUCCUUUACCCGGUAGCAGCCCCUUGCCAACAAACGAACUGAAUGGCAGCAGAGGUGAUGAUGUGAAUGAGGAUGGCGAUCUUGACAUGAUGGUGGAGAGUGGUCUGGAGGUGCGGACAGUCGCAAAUGGCUUGGAUGCCCUUGAUGGGGGAUGUCGGCAACACAAUGGUCACCUACGGGGACCAGCAGACUGUGGUGGUGAUGUUGAAAUGGAGGUUGAUCCUCCAAAACGGCAGCUGUGUGGUGGAAGCCAAGCAGCCAUGGAACGUAUGCUGCAGUUUGGCAGAGAACUGCAUGCCAUGAGUGUUCAGCUUAAGCAUGAGUAUGGAACCAACAAAGUCAACAAAAAGAUGAUUCAGGAUGCAUUCAGUUUAUUAGCCUAUGCUGACCCCUGGAAUAGUCCCAUGGGAUACCAGCUAGACCCUGUUCAGAGAGAACCGGUUUGUGCAGCUCUAAAUAGUGCAAUUUUGGAAUCUCAAAAGCUUCCACGUCGCCCACCACUUGAGUUAGCUGUGGCACACUCCAGGGAGCUGCUCAAGCUGAUGUCAAAAGCGGGCUUAGGCUCGUGUGCCUUUGCCAACAACGACUCUCUGCUUCAGUGACCUUGUGGGUGGCUUCAGACUGUUUUCUUUGCCACUCUGUAAUUAUUUGAAGGCAUCCCUUCUAUUUUUACAAGCCAUGCUGAUCAUCAAGCUGAGAACACCAUGCUCAGCCUCUUACAGAUAUGAUGACAAGCCGUAAGAAUGCACCACUGCAAUCUUGCUAUAUCAAGUGAUGGCCAAAAGUGUGCGAAUCUUACUGAGAAAGAUAUAUAUACAUAUAUAUGUAUGUGCAUGUGUGUAUAUAUAUGUAUAUAUACAUACAUAAACAUGUAUAUUUAUAUAUAUCGACAUAUAUAUACAUAUACAUGCAUAUGCAUGUAUCUAUCUACUAAAGGAAGCAAGCCCCCGGGUGCACCACUUCAUCAUGUGGGUCAAGUGCUGCUGUAGUUAACUUUUUUGCCAUGGUUUAAUAAAUAAGUAAAAUAAGUGAA